AUGCUUGCUGCCCCUCUUCAGGAUUUCGCCACGGGCAUCCUUCCGGGCACCAAUGGCAGCGCCCGCGUGUGCUUUUCCGACGGUACUGAGGCCAUUGUCGGUGUCAAGGCCGAGAUUCAAAAGACGGCGGACUUGACCGCCUCCCACCUUCCCGCUUCAGCUGCGCCUAGAGGAGAACAGUCGAGGGCAGACGACAGCGAGGGCCUCGCACCAGAACCUGCCGCCAGCAACGAGUGGCUGGAAAUCACAGUAGAGAUACCCGGAUUUAGAGAUGAUGAUGCGACGACCGUGUUCUUGGCGUCCAUGUUGAGCGAGGCCCUCACGGCUGACCCCGCGUUCGCGAAGAAACUGGUGAUUAACCGGAGGUUCCACUGGAAGCUCUACCUCGAUUCCGAAGGCGACGAGGACCCCAUGUUCGACGACGACUGGGAAGCCGCGACCUACCUCUACCCUCCCGGCCCCGCGUCCAAACUCUCCUCGCGACCGCCCAUCACCCUCCUCGUCAUCGCGAUAGGCGACAACAUCUUCUUCGACCCUUCCGGCGAGGAGCUCGCCGUGGCCGAAGUCGCCCUCGCCGUGUCGGUCGCCGAAUAUCCCACCGCUCCAAGCGCGACGGGGAAUACCAUGGACCUGGACUCCGCGCGUAGUUUUGCGCUGGUGUCGGUGAGGACGAUAGAUCCGCCCUCGCGCCUGACGCCUCCGGGGAUUCCCGACGCCGAGAACCCGGCGACAGGGGCUACGGGGGCUACCUCGGGCGGGAAGGAGCCGCAGCAACGCAAGGCGCAGUCGACGAGAGGGGUGUGGAGGGCGCCUGUGGGCGGCGCCAAGUUCAGCACAAUACAGCUCAUGAUACAACAAGUCAUGGAAAGGGAGGGGUGGCGGACGAGGUACUCGAUGGGUUAG